CUUUUUCACUCUCUCUCUCACUUACAUACUCACGCACGCAUUCCUCUACAGUCACUGUGAGGGGCAGGCUCAGAGCAUGCUAGAAGCCCAGAGCAAAGCCAUUGAGUCGCUCAGUCACACACAGCAGAGGAAAUAUAUAUAGAGAGAGAGUGCCAGGGGAGGUCUGACAACACUCUGCAGACUACAUCUUCAUGGACGCUGUCUUGCUUGCUUCAUAAUCUUGACUGCACAGCUGUAUUCUACAUACAUGCGGUCCCAGCGCAACCCACAUGUUAAGUUUCUUAAGACUUGAGUCCUUCCCCAGAAGAACAACUUGAUAUUCAAUUCUUUAAGACAGGAAGUGGUUGUAAGUGAGUGACAGGAUCUAUAAUGACCUCAAGGCAUUAUCUUCCACAACGGUCCAGUACGGACACAAUCAUCACAUGCCCAGGGGCGUCCAUGUAUCUUGGCUCACAUUGAUUCCACCUGACUUUUGGAAACAUCAAACGAACUUGACCUACAGCUUUGAUAUUUGUGACCUUGCUCCCAGCUCCUGCCAUGCAGUGGGUUUGGUUUCUUUGCCACUGCUUGUCCCUGGCAGCAUUUCUAGUGGUAGCCGACUGUGGAGGGGGUGAGCAGAGAAGAGGAGCUGAAGAAGGUACCCGAAGCUCCACAAUGAAAGCCGGUAGCAGCAGUAACAGUGGUCGGAAAUAUCACCGGAUUCAACACGGACAGUGUAGCUACACUUUUGUCCUUCCAGAGAGUGAUGGGAGCGCCGGGACUUCGUGUCGAGAGUUUAAAGCGGGCGCUCAGUAUAAUGCCAACGCUGUUCAGCGAGAUGCACCUCCACCUGAAGCGGACUUCUCCAACCAGAAGAUCCAACAGCUGGAGCAUGUCAUGGAGAACUAUACACAGUGGUUACAAAAGAUAGAGAACUACAUUAAAGAGAGCAUGAAGACAGAGAUGGUGCAGUUACAACAGAAUGCCGUUCACAACCACACAGCGGCAAUGUUGGAAAUGGGCACAAGUCUUCUCUCCCAGACUGCAGAGCAGACGCGCAAACUUACCAAUGUCGAGACACAGGUUUUAAACCAGACAUCAAGGUUGGAAAUUCAGCUGCUGGAGAAUUCACUAUCCACCAAUAAGCUGGAGAAACAACUCAUGAUUCAGACCAAUGAAAUCAACAAGAUCCAUGACAAGAAUGGGUUUCUGGAGUUAAAAAUGCAGGAGAUGGAGGACAGGCACAUAGAGGAGUUGGAGGCUCUGCGGGAGGAGAAGAGCAGUCUUCAGUCUCUGGUUAGCAGGCAGAGUGCAGUGAUUCGGGAGCUGGAGUCUCAGCUGAGUCGAGCGACCAGUAACAGCACUACUCUGCAGAGACAACAGCAAGACCUGAUGGACACUGUACGCAACCUGCUUAGCCUCUGCGCCAAGGAUGGUGUUACAGCAGUGGUGCCAAACAGCACAAAGCAAGCUGACGAGGAGAGGAAGUACCGGGACUGCGCAGACCUCUACCAAGCAAGGUUCCAGAAAAAUGGAGUUUACACCAUCAAUAUCAGCCCACAAGAGACUAAAAAGGUGUACUGCAACAUGGAGUCUGCUGGGGGAGGCUGGACCGUGAUCCAGAGACGUGAAGAUGGCAGUGUGGACUUCCAGAAAACAUGGAAAGAAUAUAAAAUGGGCUUUGGGAGUGUGUCGGCCGAACACUGGCUGGGUAACGAGUUUGUGCACAUUCUGACCAAUCAGAGGCAGUAUGCUCUCCGUGUGGAGCUGACCGACUGGGAUGGACACCAGGCUUUUUCUCAGUACGACUGGUUCCGCAUCGACAGUGAGAAACAAAACUACAGGUUAUUCUUGAAGAGUCACAGUGGAACGGCAGGGAGGCAGAGCAGUCUGGCUAUCCACGGCGCUGACUUCAGCACAAAAGAUAUGGACAAUGACAAUUGCACGUGCAAGUGUGCAUUGAUGCUCAGUGGGGGAUGGUGGUAUGAUGCCUGUGGCCCAUCCAACCUGAACGGAAUGUACUACAGACAGGGACAACAUGUUGGAAAAUUCAAUGGAAUCAAGUGGCAUUAUUUCAAAGGCCCCAGCUACUCUCUCCGAACCACUGUCAUGAUGAUUCGACCAGUCGACUUCUUGUAGUCCUCCAUAAUAACCCAAAAUACCAGUGGAUCCAUUUUGAAAAAUAACUUUUUGGUCCAUAACAUAAUCAAGUGAUGCUGUAUAAGUGGUCAGCAUUCUUUUGACAUAACACUUCUGCAGGAAACCUGUGAAAAGGAGGUUGUCCUAUCAUCAAUGUCAGACUAUGGGAGAUGGAAUGCUCCCUUGGAAUCUAGGGCAGUAGCUGAGUUGGCUGGUCUUUAUUUUUAAAUAUCAGAGGUAUGAAGUGCCUUUGUCACUCAGGACCUGUGAAUUGUUGAGACAGGCACAUCACCUUUGAUGGUAGCAGACUGGGCCACAUCGCCUACCAGUUGCCCUUGGCUUUUGAGUCUCCAAGCGAAUUUAAUGCAGCUUGAAUGUCCUUCAAUAUGCUAAAGGCCCAGUAAAAGGUUCAUACAAAUGCAUUGCACAAUUACAUUUUGAUUGUGAUACUUAAUUUCAAUUGUGUAUGCUUUUUUAGCCCAGUAUUUUUUUAUUAUUAUUAUUUUGUACAUUAUUACUGUCAAAGUGAAGAAAACCAUAGCAUGCAUCAUUAAAAUUCACUUGCAGUAUUAUUUACAAGGAACAUUUGUUGAAUGUUAACAGCAGAAACAGCCCUCGAGUCUGAAUGUAUUGAUUAAAGUGCAAACUGCCAUGUUAUCAUUGAACUUUCAUGAUGUUUCAUAGCUUGGCAUCAAAAUGGGAAUGCAUGCCAAAGAGCACAGCUGUUAUCAAUACAAUGAAAAUGUUGAUACAUCUAAUAUUAAUAAUCCUUACAAACUUAUGGAGUGAAGCCAAUGGCAAGAACAGCUAAUAAAUUGUAAUACAUAUACUGUAAUAACAAUCAAUUAGGUUUUAAUUCAUUUCAUAAUUAAUGCCACAUGUCUUAUGUGAAUUUGUCAUUAUAAGAAUGUUUGCAAAUGUAAGUUUUGAAUGUUGCAGCUCAAAAGCAGCUGUUUUUAUGACUGACAAUCUUGGGUUAUCUUAUGUUUUUAUUUACCCUUAAAGUGUAUAGGUUUGAAAUAAUGGUGUAAGCAUCCAAGCAUCUGUUUAGUAUUUUAUAUGACAUUUAUUUGUAGCAGUCAGUUCACUUUACAAAUGUACAGAAUUAUUUUUAAUAGUGGUACAGUUUGUUGAAAAAAAAAAAAUAGUGUUUGUUUGUUUGUUUGUCAAAAAAUGUUUUGUAAAAGCUCUUUUUGUACGUCAAUUUUAGGGUUGUGAUUAAAUAUUAUUUUAAGCUUGCGUACCACAAUGUUCACCGGAUAUCUUUAAAAAAUCUCAAGUGCCCACACAGUCAUUAGAAUAGCAUCGGAAGUUCCACUCUGUUCUGUCUUUCAUCGCAAAAGUCUGAGAAUAUCUUCUAGUAGAUCAACAAAGUAUUCGUGUAUUUUAGCCUACCAUGCAGUGCCGUAGCCAAGGUGGGCCUGAGUCUACCCAAAUUAAGCCCAGACCCACCCAGAAUAUUAAUCUUUGACUUCAAAUAUAUAUUUAUAAAAUAUAAAAAUAAAAUGCAUUGAUUCUGAUUUCAGAAAGUGUGAAGUAACUGUUUGAAUGUGCUUCUUCUCUGUUGUUAAACUUGGCCCAUAUAUUUUUAUUGAAGUCCACCCAAAAGUAAUUUCCUGGCUACAACCUUGUUAUCACGACUAUCCAGCAGUCAUAUAACUACUACCAGCAAGGAGCAUAUUACUGGAAACAGAUACUUAUCUUGAAAAUCCAUAAACUUUCUGUAUUGUAAAAGCUUCAGGAUGGCAUGUGUAUUAUCACACUUCAAAAAUACUGUAAAAUGUGUUUGAAAUUGCUUUCUAGAUGAAAGCACUGCGUUAUUUUAUUUUUUAGCUCAGAACCAUGAAUAUGUUCUGAAUCAUAAAAUAUGUCACUUAAAUAGCAUCAGUCAAACAUUGAAGACUUUUGUACCUCAAUAAAGUGUUUAAUUUACUAUGUUAUUUAAACACCUCAUCCUUUGUAACAUUGUUCCGAAUCUAAUAAUGUUAGUUUAAAUAAAACAUGUGAUGUCCCAUUCUUGUAGUUUUAUAACUUGCUCUGGAACCUAAAGCCUUUAUUUUUCCUUUAUGCUACCAUUCAGCAUUUUUCAUUUGAGUCACGUUGGUCCAAAGACACAAUAUUUACAUAUGGCAAAAGGGAAAAUGUAAAGGACCACAGUUUGGAGAGAAUGGAUCCUGAGAUAGCUGAUCUGCCUUUGAAUCCAGAGCGAGCAGACUGUUAGUUCUCCGGCACUCUGCCGUGACAGAUUGCAGAGGUGUCAAACAAUGCUGUCGGGACAGCCAAAUCCCUGCAUAGCUGACAUUCCUGCACCCUAAUCGAAGGGUUAAACAAACGACAGGCACUUGUUAAAUGCUGCCAAUACUUCAUCACCUGAGCUGACCCACUACACCCUCCGGAAUGCUGCCGCCAUCAGAUGGGCAUUGAGACAAUGGAAGACCAACCAGACUGUGUACAGCACUGAAACGAACACACAUGGAAGGAGAAUAAAGAAGUACAUAUUUCAUUAAUUGUCUCAUUUAAGUCUCAUUGUCUCAGAAGUUUCUCCUAGAAUUACUCGGGAGGAAAAUUGGAAAACAGAAGACAAAAUUUUGUAUGAGAUGGCUGAAAUCGUAAGAUACUGUAUUGUACGACUUGGCUCGUUCAAAAAGUAUGACUUUUAUUCCCAUAUGUUUAGGAUUGGGUUAAGAGUUCAACUUAUGAAAAAUUGUUCUAACAUUUAUUGUUGGUGUGUUUAUUUUUCUCUAGGGGAGUAACAAUUUCUUGUACUAUUUCUAACGAUUUCACCAUCUCUUACUUGAAGAUUUCUCAUGAGACCAUGUUAACCAGGAGACAUUAAAGCAGUCUUGUUUGUCAUGUU